CCAUGAUCUGGCUGAUCUAGUCGUGCAGUAGGAGGGCAGGAGCUGGGCACAUUAGUUAGACACAGAUUGGGGAAUUGGGCAGGGGCGGGGCAAACCGACCAAGUAUCGACUUCACUAAAAAGACCUCAAAGAGGAGGGGAUGAGAGGCACUUUCCCAAACCCUAUAAACAGCCGGAAGCGCAACCAUGAGAUCGGAAGAAAGGAUACUCGGCAUCAAGCAAUUGCAUCCAGAUAACAACACAACAUCGCAUCUGUCACAAUUAAGGUUACAAUCGUAACAAUCACUUACAUCGUACCUGACUUUUACUCACCCACAGUUACACUCAAUUACACCCACCUAGGUACUCGGUAGUUUUUAAACAUCGCCGACCAAUUAGAGUCUUACUAAGGUAGUCUUGUAAUAUCAUUCGCUACCGAAUCCGGCAACGCACCACUACACCGCAUAUAGCAAGAACCACACACCAAACCAUGACCAAGAUCAUCCUUUCCAUCAACGCGGGGUCCAGCUCCGUCAAGAUCUCAGCCUACGCCGCACGGUUCCACGAGUCGCCGAAGCAGCUCGCCGAGGCCGAGAUAAGUGGACUCACUGCCCCUCCCGCUCAACUCACCUAUAUCCGCGGCGAUGUCCAGGUCAAGAGCCACGAGGAAUUAGAGACCGGCAUCGCCGAUCAGGAUGAAGCUUUCAGGAUGCUCCUCAACACCUUAACUGGCGACCCGGAACUCCCCGAGAUCUCCGCCAAGAGCGACAUCUCCGUGGCCUGUCAUCGGGUGGUCCACGGCGGCGACUACAAGACCGCCAAGCUGAUCACCCCGGACACGUACCACCACCUAGAGCGGCUAACAGACCUGGCGCCGCUACACAACGCCAACGCGCUGCACAUCAUCAAGUCGUGCAUGGACGAGCUGCCGAGCGCGCUCAACGUCGCCUACUUCGACUCGCAGUUCCACGCGACCAUCCCCCCGCACAUCAGCACGUACCCGAUCGACCCGGAGAUCGCCAAGAACAACCAGCUGCGCAAGUACGGCUUCCACGGCAUCUCCUACUCCUUCAUCACCCGCUCCGUCGCCGACUACCUCAGCCGCGACCCGAGCGAGCUCAGCAUCAUCGCCCUGCACUUGGGCUCGGGAGCCUCCGUCUGCGCCAUCAAGGACGGGUGUUCGUGGGACACCAGUAUGGGGCUAACCCCGCUCGCCGGUCUCCCAGGCGCCACACGCAGCGGCAGCGUCGACCCCUCGCUGGUCUUCCACUACGCCAGCGACGUGGGCAAGCUAUCACCCUCGUCGACGAAAGAACUGCACAUCUCGGUAGCCGAGGAGAUCCUCAACAAGCAAAGCGGGUGGAAAGCGCUCACCGGCACGACGAACUUCGGGGUCAUCGCGAACAGCGACGACCCGAAGUGCAAGCUAGCCUUCGACCUUCUCGUCGACCGCAUCUGCGCCUUCGUAGGCUCGUACUAUGUCUCCCUCGGCGGCCGCGUCGACGCGCUGGUGUUCGCAGGCGGUAUCGGCGAGAAGAGCGAGAAGCUGAGGGCUGCUGUUGUCGCGCAGACAGAGUGUCUCGGCUUCCGCAUCGAUCCUAAGCUCAACGCUGCUAAGAUCGCGAAUGUCGUCCAGGACGUCGGCAAGCAGUACGCCAGACACCGGACCCUGGUCUGCCGCACGGACGAGCAGUUCGAGAUGGCGCGGGGCUGCGCCGAGAACGAGGAGUUGUGGUAGGAGGGCGGCGCGUACUUAGAUAUCUGGGUAGUAAGUUAAUGGUUAGGAAAUGGGCAUUAUGGCGGGGCGUUAGGAAUUUGGGAAUUACAUAUAAUAUCACCCUGGUUUAGGGGUUUGGAUCUGGGUAUUUGGGCUAUAUCCAGCUGCAUUUUAGAAGUUAUCGAAUAAACAAUCACCAAUGUUCAAGUCGUAUAUGUCUUACUCCUCUUGAGGCUUGCGUGAAGAUGAAAUCAUGGAAGCCGAAUAAAAUACUCGUCGCACUAUAAGGAUGCAUACUAAAUUUCCUGUCUGAAUGGGACUGUAGAUGAUCGACAGGCACGAGGGCAGAUCCGCCGUCCAGCAUUGUUACAUACAUACAUGAUACAUGUCAACUUCCUAGCAUAUGUAUAUGACCUGUAACAAUAAAGACAGUGGAGAUUUCUUCAAUUGAAGUUAUCCUGUUGGUUCGCGGAGGAUUUGGACCGGAUGGAGGCGUGUGUGAGGCAAGGACCGAGCCAGGGCCAGGGGGGAACGG